GAAAAUUGAAAGAUAAAAGAUGCUAAAAAAAAUUCGUCGGAAGUGAUCAUUUUAUCAUCAGGACGUAUGAACAGAAUCAUUUAAUUAUUAAUAAUAUAUUAACAGUACUAAUUAUUCUAAAGCGGAGGGCUUGUGUGAAUUAUUUAUGGAGUAAAAUUUUUGAUGGUUUUUGUUUGAAAAUAAUUUUCUAAUUGUUUUGUUUGUCUCCCAGCGAUUACUUGAGAACUUACCUUGUAUCAUGAUUUCUUGAUGUGCAAUAUUCUGUCCUGAUUCAAAAAAGAAUUACAAAUUACCAUGGAACAUCGCAGGGUCUUAUCAGAAACCAACCAUCAUACCAGUUCUGAUUCCGAUUCUAAAUCCAGUUCCUUGAAUUCCAAAUUGGGACAGGAAUCGGUUAGUUCCGGUAAAGCUUCUUAUUCCAUUACCAAAAGCCCUUGUUCCUCUAGUUCUACGUCAAAUGACAAUUUAGCUAAUGUUUCUUUCGAUCAUAAAUUAAGGAGCAAGAAUGCUACUUUGGAGGGUACAAAUGGAGCUUCUUCGAACAGGCCUGACGAUCCGCCAUUAUUACCUGGUGAAAAAGUCCAAGGGGUAGCACGAGAAGUGACAUAUUUAUGCCCAUAUAGUGGACCUACCAGAGGUGUUUUAUCCGUAACUAAUUAUAAAAUUCAUUUUCGCAGUAUGGAUAGGGAUACUUUGUACGUUAUUGAAGUUCCACUAGGCGUGGUUAGUCGAGUGGAAAAAGUUGGAGGACAAUCCCUUAGUAGAGGUGAAAAUUCUUACGGUAUCGAAUUAUUUUGCAAAGACAUGAGAAAUCUUAGGUUUGGUCACAAACAGGAAAAUCACUCGCGACGUAACGUUUUCGAGAAAUUACAACAGUAUGCAUUUCCAUUAUCUCAUAAAUUACCUCUUUUUGCUUUCGAAUGUUCUGAAACUUUCCCUGAAAAUGGUUGGACUGUUCAUGAACCAAUUGCCGAGUACAAAAGAAUGGGUGUUCCUAAUGAGAUGUGGAAAAUUAGCAAGAUCAACGAAAACUACGACUUUUGCGACAGUUACCCAGCUAUCUUAGCGGUACCAGCGCAAGCGACUGAUGAUGAAUUGAGACAAGUUGCUGCUUUCCGUAGCCGCGGACGAAUCCCUGUACUUUCAUGGAUUCAUCCUGAAUCGCAAGCUACGAUUACACGAUCUUCUCAACCUCUAGUAGGCGUUGGUGGUAAAAGAUGUCGAGAAGAUGAACGAUAUAUUCAACUUAUAAUGGAUGCUAAUGCGCAGUCUCAUAAAUUAUUCAUCAUGGAUGCGAGACCUAGUGCAAAUGCAAUCGCUAACAAAGCUAAAGGAGGAGGUUACGAAUCUGAAGAUACUUAUCAGAAUGCCGAAGUUAUUUUUUUGGAUAUACAUAAUAUCCACGUUAUGAGAGAAUCGUUAAGGAAGUUGAAAGAAUUGUGUUUCCCAUUGAUUGACGAGUCGAAGUGGUUAUCAGGUGUUGAAUCCACGUACUGGCUCAAACAUAUCAGAUGUAUAUUAGCAGGUGCUUGCAGGAUUGCAGAUAAAGUUGAAAAUCAUAAAACCUCUGUUCUUGUUCAUUGUUCUGAUGGUUGGGAUAGAACUGCUCAACUUACAGCAUUAGCUAUGAUGCUGUUGGAUCCUCAUUACAGGACAAUUAAGGGUUUCGAAGUACUAAUAGAGAAAGAAUGGUUGAGUUUCGGCCACAAAUUUCAGCAGCGCAUAGGACACGGUGAUGAUCAUCAUUCGGACGCAGACAGAUCUCCAGUAUUUUUACAAUUUAUAGACUGUGUUUGGCAAGUUACGAAAAUGUUCGAGCAUGCUUUCGAAUUCAACGAAUUGUUUUUAAUUACAAUCCUAGACCAUUUGUACUCCUGCCGUUUUGGUACAUUUUUAUUUAAUAGUGAACGUGAAAGACUGCAAGAAGGAAACGUUAAACAGCGCGCUAUUUCGCUUUGGUCUAUGAUUAAUAGCGACAUAGAUGUUUAUAAAAAUCCUUUAUAUCACCAUGUACCUCAUAGUUUGGAUCCGGUAGCCACGAUGCGAUACAUCAAGUUAUGGAAAGGCCUGUAUUGCCGAUGGAAUCCAAGUAUGCGUCCACAGGAAGCUAUUUAUCAAAGAAUGCGUGAAUUAUUAGCGAUGCGAAAUCAGUUGCAAAGUAAGGCCGAAGACAAGAAAAGAGAUUUGAAAACGCGAACGUCGCGUACAUCGAAUGCGACACCAACUCGAAUCACCUCGCCUAUGCACGUUUAAGUAACGGAACAAUGGUCUCGAUCUCGAUUGAAAAUUCAUCAAUGAUGUCAAAUCUUUAUACCUAUUUGAAUCACGAACACUUUUGAAAACAUUUUUUAAAAUUCUGAUUGUAAUUAAGUUUUUAAAAAGAUGAACAUGAGAUUUAAAACAAACCCUAGUUCUGAUAGACGAACUCUUUUAGAGUGAGGUGGAUUAUAUACAUAUUUCGUAAAAUAACGCUGUUGAUUCGUGGUAGAGUUCACCUCUCAGGUGAACAUUCAGUUGUUGAUUAUCUGGGGUUAGAAACGGGUGCCAUUUAAUCGCACGACCAAAAAAACAAGUAUCACGACAAGCGUUUCAAAGUUUCACGGCUGAAAAAUGCAUUCCCGACCAAAAAAGGUUUACCCAACCAAAAAUGGUUUCGCACGACGAGAUAAGUCAUUCAACAACAAAUAAAUAAAUUCACGACAUUUUAUUACUUUCACCUGUCAUUUAAGGCGAACAACGACGACAUUUCAAAGUCAGAAAAAUACAUAUUACCGACGAAAUUAAAAAUUUAAAAAAUGCUAAAAUUUGAUUGGAAAUACAAAAAAAAGGUUAAAAAACCAAGUACGAAUAAAUAUUCAUUGAAGUAGAAGGGCUUUUGUAGCCUUUGUGGGUCGGCCCCUCUUCCUUUUCUGCCCCAAUGGAACGCCUAUUAUUUUUUUUCAAAUUGGCAUUUGAAAGUUUCGAUCCAGAUUUAAGGUACUUGAAAUUAUUUUUUCGAAAUUUUGAAAAUGUGUAUUGAAGGUCCACAUCAGGGUCUCGGAAAACAUUUUUAUCAUAUUUUUAAUUUUAAGUCAUUCCCUUUUUUAUCCAUAUGCAUUUGAAAAAACAAAAUUAUAAGACCUUUUUGCAGUGACUUUUUUUUUUGCGUAAUUUUGGUCAAAACAGCUGGAAAUAAUUAUGUGAAAAAUCAUAUUUUUUCCAGUACUCUUUCAAAAAUGAUGAACAAGUUGAAGAAAAAGACUGAAACUAGUACAUUUUCUCGCCAGAUGAGUAAAACAAAGACUAAAAUUGGAACAUUAAAAUUUGCGGGAGGGAAAAUAUUUUAAAAAUAGCAGUGAAUUGGGUUUUCAUCUCUUGAAAUCAUGAUAAUUUGGGUGAAAUUUUAUUAUUUUUUGUUCGUCGUGAAUAAUGUUAUGCAGUCGUGUUUAUUGUUAUCUCAUACUACAUCCUCCGUCGUUCCUACCUACUUUACUGUCGGGCUUUAUCCUGGCGUGAAAGUUGAUAUUUGAUUGUCGUUCAUUCAGCCUUUUUGGUCGUUACGUAUGCUCGUUGUGAUACUUGUUUUUUUGGUCGUGCAAAAUAUUAGUACCCGUUAGAAACGUAUGCUUUUCAAUUAAGUGAUACUGUAAUAUUGAAUUUUUUUAAGUAACUGAUCAGUUUAUUUUUAAAAGAACGUGACUGAUGAUAGGCAUUUUAAUUGAUGAAAAUAUAUUUUCGCCCAACUGGUAAAAUGCAUGUGAAGUAUUGAGGAACACCCAGGUACAUACUGCAUACCUAGAUAAUUAUAAAAUUUUAUUAAUA